GAUUAGAACGCAGGGUCAAACAUAUAAAGGAGAGCUAUGACAGAAUUCUACAACUCUAAAUGCCACCCAGAAUGCACGACCUUUCGACAGCCUCCAACGACGUAUCACCGCUAAGUUUGAGGAAACUUAUCGACCUAACUCAUCCGCUCAUCUCGUCCAACGUUUUCUCCUGUCCCGGUCACCCAAUGUAUGCUGCACAACGCACGCUGAGCCUCGCGAAAGGCGACAUAGCCAAUGUUCAUACCCUUCAAAUCGGCACACAUUCUGGAACGCACAUCGACGCGCCAUAUCAUUUCUUUGAUGACGGCAUACCAGUUGACGAACUCGACCUAUCGCUCCUGACUGCCGCUCCCGCAAUACUGGUGGACAUGCGGAAGAAGAAUGCGCACGAGGCAAUUACAUGGGAGGACUUGGGACCAUAUACGGCAAGGAUGAGGGCGGGUGUAGCAGUGCUGAUAUGCACCGGAUGGUCGAAGAACUGGGGUCAGCCUACGUACACUGACCAUCCAUAUCUUGAUGGCGAGGCAUCUCGUCGGAUACUUGAAACUGGGGUGAGGGUGAUAGGGAUUGAUGCAAUGAGUCCUGACGAGGUGAAUCCAGAGAAGGGUGAUUGCAUUGACGUUCAUCGACUGGUAUUGGGUAAUGGAGGUGUGAUAGUAGAGAAUUUGAACGGGUUGGAGAAGGUUGUAGAGAGCGGAAUUCGGUUGGAUGAUUUGGUAGUCAGUCUCCUCCCUUUGAGGUUAACAAGCUUGGAUGGGAGUCCCGUGAGAGCAGUGGCUUGGGAGUCGGGUAGGCAGCAUACCUCAAUCAAUUAGACCUACGUAACAUUUCUCGAGGCGAAUGCACGUAUCGGCGAACCAUCGCAAUGGUGCAGUUUCAGCGGGACAAGGUUAAUGGUCCAACUACCUUCCUGGAUGAUGUCCAGGUUGGUGAGGUUUUCUGCAAUCAGACCGCCGGCACCUAAAACGGUUUGAUGAACGCCCACAUCGAUAUUACAAU